CACGACGCGCGGUCAUUGCCGUGCUCAUGCUACACAAGACGCCCCGUGCACCGCACAGACUGAUUGAAAUAGCAGCGCGAGGCACAUAAAGCGCUCAAGGCUCUCCGCAGAUACUGCUGCUCAACUCGACUAUAGGGCAGCUGCGUUAGCAUCUGAACAAGACCAGACGUCAGCGCCAGUCAGCCGAGUUACCGAUCUCAGGCAUAUCGAUUUUAACUUGAGACUUCGAUUUUAACUAAACUUAGACCUAUGACUACGUGAUUAGCUUUAUCGGUGUUUUUUUUUCUGAGCCACACGACCUUGAAAUCUCAGGGCUUUACAAGAGGUUUAACAUAUAUAUAUAUAUAUAUCUAUAUAUAUAUAUAUAUAUAUAUCUACGCUCAUGUCGUCUUCAGUUAGAGGUGAGAGUAAGAGAAGCGCUGCGCGACACUUGCCCACGCAGGCUAACGGAACGCUGCUGUCGUCGCUCUCCGCCACACGACUGUCGCCUGCCCCCGCCAGCCAUCGUCGUAGUCGUCGCUCGCCGUCGCCGUCGCUGAAUCGGGAGCGCGACAUCAACAAUGGCGACACGGAGCGUAUGUCGUACAGCGAGGGUCUCUACUGGCUGACGAAGCACAUCUCGACGGUGAACUCCGCCGUCAUGCUCGUGAAGACCCACCCGCGCGUCGUUCGCGAAAAGCCGCUGGCUUUCUUCAACGAAUUUCUCAAGAGCGCCAGGAAGAAAGCGAAGACAGUGCCACCUGUUACGCCGCUAUCGGGCACGCGUAUGACGGCCAGUAGCAGAGACCAGCCUACAGCAGAGCUCGCCGGUCUGAGGUCGGUGUAUAUCUGCGGCUAUUCCCCUCCAUGUGGAUCGGAUUUCUUCUGGGAGGUCUGUCGGUCAUUACUGCCUCAUCGAUACCUGCGAUGCAGCCCACAGGUGACGGCGCCGAGAGACAUCGAUGAGUUUGAGCGCGUGCUUCAUGGCGAGCUACGACACCUUCAGCAGGCGCGCGUCUUUCUGCUGCUGCUCUCCGAACACACGCUCGCCAACGGCCUGUGCACGGCCCUAGUCCAGCUCGCCGUGCACAUGCGGAGGCCGAUCAGGGGCGUGCGGGCAGCUGCGUUCUCCCGACUCGACAUGCCGCUGCCGCUACCGAUCGACGUCAAGGAGUUUCUGCUGAGCUGUGCGCCGUCUGGCGGAGGGGAGAUGGUGUGGGAGUCUGCCGCUGCAGAGGACGCGGCGCCGCGGGCGCAGAAGAGCGACGGUGGCGCCGCCGAGCAGCCUACGAGCAGCAUGCGCGACAUGAUACGUUGCGUGCAUGAAGCGGCGGUCGUAUACGAUGCGCAGGACUCCACGCGCAGCGUCGCCGAAUUGCUACGUCAUCUCGCCGACGCCGAUGAUGAUAACCGUCCGUCGACAAACUCCCGUUUCGCUUGGCCAACAGAUGACGCCAGUGGUACGUCGUAUCUUGGGCCGAAAAUUGGGGUUAAUUAUGACGAAAGUAUGGUUUUACGCACGCCCAGUCCGAGUCCGCGAAAGACCAACUACAUCGUGUUUGGUUCCAAGGAGAGAGGAGAAGCAGGGCCUAUUAUCGUUACGUUUCCCAACGACGACCGUGAAAUGUCGAUCGAAUCAAAUUCAUCUGGAUGCACCCCGCCGCAAAACAUGGCGAAUGACAUCUAUGACGGUCCACUAGAGUAUCACUCCGACAACUCUCUGAGUCCUGUUUAAUUAUUUGUAGAUACAGUGUACAAAUAAUAACCGUGCUUACAAUGGUAUUUCGUUGCCCUUGAAAUAGAUUUACUGUGCAUGUAGUUAUGAAGGUGGACUACCUACAGGCAGGCAGGCAGGUAGACGGACGGACGGACGGACGGACAAGCAGACAGACAGACGUACAGGCAUUAAAACAUACAUAUAACUUCCAAUACCAUGGGCACGGCAUAUAUAUAUAUAUAUAUAUAGGUAUUGUGGACGCCGGUAUUUUCGAAUUUAUAAAUAUCUAACCCUGCUUGUUUCUGAAUGCAAGUGUUCUCGUAAUAUAUUGCAUGUUAACCGCAAUGUAAUAAAAAUAACAAUAUUAAUAAUAAUAAUAAUAUUAUUAUUAAUAAUAAUGCGUAAGAAUUUGAAGAUACGUAUGGUCCUAUAUAUCUAAGUUGUAUGUUAUCGUGGUAAACUAUCUUAAACAAACAAGAGUUGGAUAGAUCGUUCGAUGUAGCAUAUAAUUAUUAUGUGUUAUUUGUGAGUUCAUGUUAUAUAUAUUCAUCCAUAUUUCGGGAAUUCAUAUCUUCUCAAACGAAAUAUUAU